AGGCCUUAGUUUUUAAUGACCCUGACUUCCAGCAUGAGGAUUUGAACUUCCUGUCCCGUAGCCAACGCUAUGAGCAAGCCAUCAGGAAGAGCUCUCUGAUGGUGAUGAAGCUAAGAGAAUAUGGAAUUGCAGAUCCGGAGGAGAUCUACUGGUUUAAAAGCUUUGUUCAUCGUGGACGGCCUGAGCCUCUGGACCUUCAUCUGGGCAUGUUCCUCCCCACCCUUCUCACCCAGGCAACCCCAGAGCAGCAGGAUCGCUUCUUCAUGCCUGCCUGGAACCUGGAGAUCAUUGGCACUUAUGCCCAGACUGAGAUGGGCCAUGGAACUCAUCUUCGGGGUCUAGAAACUACAGCUACUUACGACCCUGCUACCCAGGAAUUCAUCCUCAACAGCCCCACUGUGACCUCCAUUAAGUGGUGGCCAGGUGGACUUGGAAAGACGUCAAACCAUGCCAUUGUUCUGGCUCAGCUCUACACUCAGGGCCAGUGCAAAGGGCUGCAUGCCUUCAUUGUUCCCAUACGGCAGCUGGGCACCCAUGAACCUUUGCCAGGUAUUACAGUGGGUGACAUUGGGCCAAAAUUUGGUUAUGAUGAAAUGGAUAAUGGCUACCUGAAAAUGGACAACUUCAGAAUUCCUCGGGAAAACAUGCUGAUGAAAUAUGCCCAGGUUGAACCAGAUGGCACCUAUGUGAAACCACUUAGUGACAAGCUAACCUAUGGGACCAUGGUGUUCAUCCGAUCUCUCAUUGUAGGCGAUGCAGCUCGCUCCCUGUCCCGGGCUUGUACCAUUGCCAUCCGCUAUAGUGCAGUCAGACACCAGUCUGAGCUAAAGCCAGGGGAACCAGAACCCCAGAUCUUGGAUUAUCAGACCCAACAAUACAAACUCUUUCCUCUCCUGGCAACAGCAUAUGCUUUUCACUUUGUGGGAGCCUACAUAAAAGACACUUAUCGUCGUAUUAAUAGAGACAUCAAUGAAGGGGAUCUGAGUGAGCUGCCAGAGCUCCAUGCACUGACAGCAGGGCUGAAGGCGUUCACUUCCUGGACUGCUAGUGCUGGUAUUGAGGAAUGUCGGAUGGCAUGUGGUGGGCAUGGCUACUCUCGCUGCAGUGGUAUUCCUGACAUCUAUGUCACAUUCACCCCAUCCUGCACCUAUGAGGGAGAAAACACAGUCAUGAUGCUGCAGACAGCUAGGUUCCUUGUGAAAAGCUACAACCAAGUUACUUCUGGGCAGCGGGUUACUGGCAUGGUGUCCUACCUUAAUGAUCUCUCCAGCCAACGCAUUCAGCCACAGCAUGUGGCUGCUAGGACUGUGACUGUGAUCAAUGAUCCAGUCAGCUUGGUAGAGGCCUACAAAGCACGUGCUGUCCGGCUUGUAGAAGCUGCAGCAAAGAAUUUGCAAGCUGAACUGAACCACAGAAAGAGCAAGGAGGAUGCCUGGAACAGAACUUCUGUCGAUCUUGUGCGAGCAUCUGAGGCACACUGUCACUAUGUGAUAGUGAAACUUUUCACAGCAAAGCUGUCUGAGAUCAGUAAUGCAGCUGUUUGUGCUGUCAUGACUGAGCUAUGUCUCCUGUAUGCACUGUAUGGAAUCAGUAAGAACACGGGGGAUUUCUUGCAGGCGGGUAUCCUGACUGAUGCCCAAAUUACUCAGGUGAACCAGCGUGUGAAAGAGCUCUUAGCUAUAAUUCGUCCCAACGCAGUAGCGCUGGUAGACUCCUUUGACUUUCACGAUGUUCAUCUUGGAUCUGUGCUUGGCCGGUAUGAUGGCAAUGUCUACGAGAACAUGUUUGAGUGGGCAAAGAAAUCCCCACUGAAUAAAACAGAGGUUCAUGAGUCUUUCCACAAACACCUGAAGUCAAUGCAAGCCAAGCUGUGAAGCCUGCCGUUUUUUUAAAAUGCACACUUUUCCUGAUGUGAAAACUGGGUGUUUGCAUCCUUUCUUCAGGCACCUAAAUCAAACCUUUCAAAUCCUGGUAGCUGUAGGACAGUGAAUAAUUGUAGCCUUUCUUUCCACUUUUAUAAAUUGAGGAGGUGUUUGGGGAGAGUGCAUAGGGAUUGAUGCCUGUUUCUAAAGUGCAAUUAUAAUGGUAAAAUUAACCUUUUAAAAAUCUGGGAAAGCUUUAUGGAUUCAUACAAGGAUUGCUUUUGUGAAGCUGCUAACUAGAGAGAAGUUACUGUCAACUGGAAAGGUAGCAGGAUUUUACUACUAAGUAGUUAACAGCCCUCAGGCAAUAGCUUCUAAUUAGCAGUUAUGUCCUCCCCCCAAAAAGCAUCAAUGUCUUGAUUUUUUUCUCUUUUUUUCUUUUUUUUAAGAUUAGCACCACCUCUCUCCUUGUUUAGCAAAUAUUUAUGCUAUCUGAAGCCUCCUGCAUAAUUUUGUGCACAUGAAUCUUCAUGUGGCACUGCUUCCUGAUGUAGCUGGGAGGUAAAUACCCAUCCUUCUCUGGAGCUCUGCUUCA